AUGCAGUUUCUUUAUAUGUGAUGAGUGUUAUCUUUAUAUUUAAAUGAACAAUAAGAUCUAUUCAUCUAACAAAUAACAUCGUGUACAGUACAUAAAUAUUUUUUUAAAAGAAACAUGUCAAAGAUAUAUUUUUGGAAAGAUAUAUACUUUUAUGCAAUAAUCCUUAUUUUAUACAAUUUCAUCCUUGUUAACUGUGCCAAAAUAGAUCAUUUGACUGUAUGUGAACCUUAUAAAAAUUCUCAAAGUUUAAUUUUUGUAAGCACAUUGGAUGGCAAAGUAUCAGCGUUAGAUGCUACCAAUAACGGAAAGAAGCUAUGGUCUUUGGAAUUUAAUGAAAGUCCUAUGCUAUCGUCUAACAUUCAUCGAAGAGAACUUAAUAAUAAUGGACAAUGGGUUAGAUUAAUUCCAUCUUUAGGAGGAGGAUUAUAUAAAUUUGAUGGUGAGAAUUUAGAAAAAUUACCAGUCAAGACUGAACAAUUAUUAUCUUCCUCAUUUCGUUAUUCUGAUGAUAUGGUAUUUUCUGGAGGGAAAGAAACACGGUCUUAUGGAGUAUUGAGUAAAACUGGACAAAUAAUAUACGAAUGCAAAAUCAAUGGUUGUUAUAAUAUUUCUACAGACAGUUACAUUGAUGAAGAAAUACUUGUCAUUCAACAUCUUCAAAAUACUGUCAGAGCAGUUGAGCCACAUAGUGGUCAAGAAAAGUGGAACUUCAGUGUAGGACAACAUGAAUUACUUUUACUUCCUAAUCAAAAUUUAUGUAAUAAUAAUAAUGCAAAAAUUCCAGAAUUUGAGAUUAAAGUUAUUGUUCCAGAAGGGCUGGUUUGGGCAAUUAAGAAAGAUGCUCCUAAUAUAAAAUUAUGGCAAUAUAAGUUUGAUUCUCCAAUUGUUACAAUAUGGCAAGAAGAACAAAGAGAAAGUGCCAAUUAUAACAAAAGAUUAAAACAAGUUAAUUUAUUUGAUAACUCUCAAUGGACUUGGGGCUCUGAGUUUCAAAUAGGACCUAGUAUUUAUAUAGGAAUGCAUGAUAGACAGUUAUAUGUACAAGAAAAUGAACAAGUUCAUAAAUUUUUAGGGCAAUCUUCAACUACGUUUACACAACAUUCACAGAUUCCUUGGAAACCAUAUCCUGCUUCUGAUACAGCGCUGAUAACUAAUCCAUUAAGUAAAAAAAAAAAUGAUGAUAAAAAUAUCUCUUUUGAAAUAGCUAGUGUACGUAGUGCAACUGCUUUAUCUGUAAUGUAUAAUUCAGAUUACAUUAAUGGAAAUGGUUUCUAUUUAUAUUCAAAAGAACAUUUACAAUUAAAUAAAUACAAUCAAUGUUCUUAUAAUAGUAAUGCCAAUUUAUUAUUUCCUAACAAUGAAGAUAUCACAAAUUUCUAUGAAAAGUCUGACGAUGAAUAUGAUGAUGAUGAUGAAACUCCAGUACAAGUCAUUAUUGUUUCCCUCUGGUAUUGGUGGAAAGAAGUAUUAGUGAUAUCAAUUACUACCGCACUUCUGCUCAAUUUCAUAUGGACUCAACAUUUAUUAAAUGGAGCAUCUACAGCCAAAGAUGCUAUAGCUCCACCCUUAAUAAUAGAACGACACAUAGAAUCUAAGAGUUCUACAAAAAUUACAGAUCAAGGAGAAAAUGUUAAUUUCAAAUCACGUUAUCUCACAGAUUUUGAACCAAUUGGUUGUUUAGGCAAAGGUGGUUAUGGAGUUGUAUUUGAAGCUAAAAAUAAAAUAGAUGAUUGUAAUUAUGCUAUUAAACGAAUCGCAUUACCGAACAGUAAAGGUUCUAGAGAACGUGUUAUGCGUGAAGUUAAAGCAUUAGCAAAGCUAGAUCAUUGCAAUAUUGUUAGAUAUUUUAACGCAUGGUUUGAAUGUCCUCCUAUUGAUUGGUUAGAAGAACAUGAUAAACAAUGGAUUUCCAAAAAGAAGUUUCUAUCAUCAGAGUUUUCAAUAGAAACAAGUCAAAGUGAACAAAAAUGUAAUAAUUCCGUCCACAUAGAGGUUUCAAUACCUGAACAGUCUUCUGUAGAUAGUGCUUGUGAAGCUUAUGCUCUUAAUCAUGUUAAUGACAAUGAUGAUUCUUUUAUCGUAUUUGAAAAUUCUGAAAAAAAAGAAAACGAAGAAAGUGUUAUAGAUAUUAGUGUUUCUGCCACAGAAAGUUCGGACUCACAAUCUUGUAAAACAGAAGAUGAUUUAAGCGACGAUAAAGAUUCUCAAUAUGAUUCAUCUCUUAAAAAUAGUAAUCCAUUGUGUUUAAAGAAAGAAUAUACAAAAUGUAGAAAAACUUCACUUUCUAUUAAUUCAAAAGAAAAAUCUAUUAAUCGUAAAUCUACGAAAAUGUUUCUGUAUAUACAAAUGCAAUUGUAUCAAAGGUUUAGCCUAAGAGAAUGGCUUAAAAGACAAACAAGUCCAAGGGAUAAUCAUUUAAUAUUAAAUAUAUUUCAUCAAAUAGUUGAUGCCGUAGAAUACGUUCAUUUACAAGGUCUUAUUCAUCGUGACUUAAAGCCAUCAAAUAUAUUUUUUGCUUAUGAUGACAAAAUAAAAAUUGGAGAUUUCGGUCUUGUUACUGCUACGACCGAAGGUUAUAAAGAAACUUCUAACUUGUCAGAUCAAAGUGAAAAUACAGAUGUUAAACAAAAUUUACAUACAUCUUGUGUUGGAACUCAGUUAUAUAUGUCACCUGAACAAAUGAAUGGACAGGUUUAUAACUACAAAGUAGACAUAUAUUCUUUAGGAAUUAUUUUCUUUGAACUGUUAACGUCAUUUAGUACAGAAAUGGAAAGAGUAGAAACUCUUAUAAAUUUACGUCAAUUAUCGUUUCCAAAAGAUUUUGAAACGCAUUAUCCAGCUGAGCAUAAAUUAUUGAAUAUUAUGUUGGAUGAGAAACCUGAAAAAAGGCCUACAGCAAUAGGGAUCAAAGCUAGACCACCAUUGUCUCAUUACAGAAAAGAAAAUGGUUUUAGCAUUAAUGAAGAUUCAAAGUGGCAUUUUGAAUUACCGUAGCUCGUAAGAUAUUCCUUUAUAAUAAUAAUAGUAAUAAUAAAUCAUGAGAAAAUUUAAAUCCA